AGUCGGAUUUAGUCAGUCUCAGGACGGAAAGGAAACAAGGGUGAACGUAGUUGCGCGAUCUACCGUGACCUACCGUGAUAUCGCAGAUGGAACAAUCUUGGCAACGACUAACAACGUAACAGAGAAACGUGUGUACGUAAAAGGUAACGAAAGAAUUGGAGGAUAAGAAAAGGACGAGGAACGCGGGAGAGGAUUGGCAAUCGAGCAGAAACAGAAGGAGUAAACAGUCAGCUUACCGAUUCCAACGGUGCUGCUGUAUCUGCCGCACAAAAGCACAGCUUGCGCACUGUUACGUUCGCGUUACCGAGUUUACUUGCGCGAACCACUGAACUGUGCCGCACGGUCAUCCCUGCCGAAUCAGUCGAGAGCUAUCGCGCAAAGUGUUUACGUCGUCGUUCGGACAAAUACACUUCUGCUGCCAUUUGUUCGCGUUUCGUCGCAUCGUUCACCGGUCUUCCGUCUCUCUCUAUCUCUCUCUCGUCGUUUCACCCUUGCUCGCCAACAGGAUCAGCUGAGAGACCAUCUUUCGCUCCGUUCGUCGCGUUUCAGUGAUACGUGGUCACGUUUCUUGUCUAUCGCGUGUAUAACCGUGCGGUUGAAAAUCGCGGGAACGAGACGUACGAAGAGGAUCACGAAGAAAGUUUGUCCGUUCGAAAAGUGAAGUGCGACGAGAACUGUUGAUCUCGUUGAAUGACUUUGAUCUGUCGCGUCGAGUGAGGCUGGUAAACGCGCGCCGCGAGUUCCAGGCAGGAUUAAACCGCGCGGAGUUCACGGGACCUUAACUCCAUUUCGUGUUCGUUCUCUAAAUGUUAUCCGGUGGUAGCAACGAGUGAGAGCGUGUUCGAGGAGAGCUUACAGGCGUCGAGUUGGUCGAGCUUGGUGGGAACGGUAGUGCGGCAAAGUGACUUCCACAAAGUGCAACGGCGACAAGACCAUACAACCUCGCGACGUGAUCGUCAGCAUCAAUGACAAGCGGAAUCACGGCAUCGAAUUGAGGACGAUCGCAGACUUGUCCAGCGUUAAAAGUAGCAGCUUUGCAGAGCACGCGGACUCUAACAAGCAGAUUCUGACCACCAGUCUGACGUGUCACUAUGCUGCAGUGAUGGACAGCGAGGGCACUUUGGGCCGCGGCCACGGAAACGGGGGCCGUGGACUGCGCCGUCAACGGUCCCUGGAAUGGCGUGAGAGGCGCGGUUACGGACCCAGUGCCCAAUCGAGCAGCGACGACGAAGAGAACUCUCGUCAUGCCGUUGGUCCCACCUCGACCUCGUCCGCUGGAAGAGGCGCUCGAAGUCCGGGCCAGGUUUUUGCUUCACUCCUGGCGCAGCAGUACGGAAGCGUUGGCGACCGAUCGUACCGUACAGGUUCGGAUACGGAGGGUGCAGCGACCACCGAUAAUCCAACGACGCCAUUUCCGACGCCACCUCCAACCUUGACGCCAAAUCAUCGACAGGCGUCUCCGUUUCCCCUGGAGAGCACAAACUCCCGCCGGCAUCAUUACAAUGGAAGUAUAUCAUCCGAGAGAUCCCGUAACGGCAACGGUGAAACGGUUUAUGCGGCGCCGUCGAAAAAGACGAACACCGGCGGCGGGACCUUAGGGCGACGUACCCGAAGAGGUCAUACGAGCGCUUUGAGCAGUAGCUCAACCGCGAGCGACCGUUCGGAAACCGUCUUCCCUGACGAGCACGCUCGUAUGCAUCUCACCAACGACACGGGUAGAGAUUCGCCGCCGGAACCAGCACCACCGGAAGUGCCACCGCGUGGACCGUCUCUGCACGCAACUCACACUCUGCGUACGCAGCAAAAUCGAAAUGGUUGCCCGCCAAACGCCACAGGGAAUUUCGCUGUGCCAACUGAUCAGAUGCAGACGGAGAAGUAUUCGGAGUACUUGAUGUCAGGAAAUCCACGGAGUUAUCCGGCUCGAUCUCCUGGGGUCGCUUCCACGCCGACGGUGACCAGGCUUCCACCACCUCAACAGCAGGUGACAGUCGGCUCGGUGGGUGGUGGUUUGGGUGCGGGCGCUGGAAAUGGUGGCACAGGCACGGUGGGCGCUCAAGGUCAAGCCAUGGUAAUGCCAGGAUUUCCACUCCGUGCAGCAGCGGUGCCCCAUUAUUCACCUUAUUCGCCGUCACGUUUUCACAUCGACAAACGCUGCCAGCAUAGAUGUUCCUGGAAAUGUUUCUCGAUCGCGCUGAUCCUCCUGGCUGUUGCGCUCACAGCGAUGUUGGCUUACUUCGCCACAGUGAGUUCCAUGCGACCGAUAGACAGUACGAAGUGUGUGGUGGUCCAAGACGUGAAAGCUGUCACUCACGAGAACGCGCACAUUCACGACCCGAUAUCAACGCAAAUACCCACGGAAGAAUCACUGCCAACGAGCACAGCGGAACAUUCGAGCGCGUCGGACAGCGCCGGGGACCAACAGAGCGAUCCUCAGAUCCAGCAGUCGGCGCAACAAUGGCCGGCUGUGCUCGAGUUGCAAGCGUACAACGUUGCCCACUCGGCCGUCAUACCGCCUUACCACUUCUGGAACACGGAAUUCCGGAACAAGCAGCCCGCUUUCAUCAGGUUGAACCUGACGUUGCCAUGGGGCGCGAACUUCGCGGUGUACGGUAGACGAAACGUGGCACCGAGCGUUACGCAGUACGAUUUCGUGGAGUUCGUGAAAGGGGGCAGGGUUGACCAUCGAUUGAAGAGGGACACCAGCUCGGAGGCAGUGAGCUUUAUGAAAACAGCCGCCCAAGAAACGCACACGAACGUCGAGAAUCGGUCGUAUCAACACGUACUGAUCAAACGGACCAUCGUGGAACCGAUGAUGGUGAACGUCAGUCUGCUUCAAUAUCUAGACACGGGUCGUUGGUUCCUUUCGGUGUACAAUGAUGAACUGCAGCCGUACAAGGUUACCCUGGUCGUCACCGAAGCCGAAGGAGUCUCGACUACUUGCCCAAACGACUGCUCUGGACGGGGAUCGUGUUAUCUUGGGAAGUGCGACUGUAUCGAUGGGUUUCAGGGAGCCGAUUGCAGCAAAAGUGUGUGCCCGGUAUUGUGUUCCUCGCAUGGACAAUACGGCGGUGGUAUGUGCCAUUGCGAAGAUGGCUGGAAAGGUGCCGAAUGCGAUAUACCAUUAGGAGAUUGCCAAGUUCCUGAUUGCAAUCAACAUGGACAGUGCGUUCGAGGAUCGUGUGUUUGUAAUCCUGGCUGGAAAGGUGUCUUCUGUGAUGAACCCGAUUGUUCCGAUCCAAACUGCAGCGGUCACGGUGCCUGCAUUUCCGGUAAAUGUUACUGCAAAGCUGGUUGGCAGGGGGAAAGAUGCAACCAGGUCGACCAGCAGGUCUACCAAUGUCUGCCUCGUUGCUCGGAUCAUGGCACGUACGACCUGGAAUCCGCAACCUGUAUCUGCGAGGGACAUUGGACCGGGGUGGAUUGUUCACAGCCGAGCUGUGGCCUCGAUUGCGGACCUCACGGAACCUGCGAACAGGGUGUCUGCAAGUGCAACGAUGAUUGGACUGGUACGAAAUGCGAUCAGAAACCGUGCGAUCCUCGAUGCGCGGAACAUGGCCAGUGCAAGAAUGGUAUUUGCGUAUGUAGUCAAGGAUGGAACGGAAGACACUGCACACUACCUGGAUGCGAGAACGGAUGCAGUCGACACGGAUUAUGCACCCUGCAGGACGGCGAAUACAGCUGCGAGUGCUCGACUGGCUGCGGCCGUGAUUGCAGCAUACGUCUCGAAAUGGAGUGUAAUGACUUUAUUGACAACGAUCAGGAUGGCAUGAUGGACUGUUCUGACAGCGAGUGUUGCUCGCACGCAGCUUGCGCAGAUCAUAUCAUGUGCCUUACUAGUAAUAAUCCCGUGGACGUCCUUCUUCGAAAACAGCCGCCCAGCGUCACAGCUUCCUUUUAUCAGCGCGUGAAAUUCCUCGUUGAGGAGAACAGCGUGCAAAGCUACGCUCAUAUGAACGAGUACACCGAAAGUCGAGUUGCGGUGAUGCGAGGCCAAGUUGUAACCGAACAAGGAAUCGGAAUAGUAGGCAUCAGAGUAUCCGUCGACAGAGACCCUCGAUUUGGAUUCACCUUGACCAGAGCUGAUGGAUGGUUCGACGUGUUGGUCAACGGCGGUGGUGCAGUGACGCUUCAGUUCCAACGUAGCCCCUUCAAACCCCUUACAACGACGGUGUUCGUGCCAUGGAAUCAAAUAGUGGUUCUACCACCCGUGGUGAUGACCCUUAACGAGGAAGGCGAGUCUCAUAAAUCCAACCAACCCCCGAGUCCUGCUGUCGGCUUCCCAGGGAUAUCGAUGGGACUAUUUAGCGAUCAUGGGCCCUGCCUGGAGCACGAUCACGAGCUUCUGCGACCGAUCAUCGUCAGCACUUGGAUGCCUGAAAAAGUCGGCGAUCUUCCUGGCAAGAGUUUGGUGUUCGCUGAGAGUCAGAUCGUUCAGGAGAGCAUCGCGAUUCCUGGCUCGAAUUUACACUUGAUGUACCAAAGUAGCCAGGCAGCUGGUUAUCUGUCGACGGUGAGGAUGCAGUUGACCGGAUCGUUCAUUCCGAAAUCGCUGACACACGUGCACGUGCACGUGGAGAUCGAGGGUUCGCUGCACACGAAAACCUACGAGGCGGACCCGAAUCUGACGCACACGUUCGCCUGGAAUAAACGGAACGUUUACAAGCAGAAGGUGUACGGGGUGGCGCAGGCUCGAAUUUCAAUUGGUUAUCAGCAUUCCACUUGUCCGUCCGUGAUAUGGGAGACACAGACGGCCACCCUGCAAGGUUUCGACGUGGACAUCUCGGACAUCGGUGGCUGGGGACUGGAUAUCCAUCAUCAUUACAACUUCCACGAGGGUAUCCUGCAGAAAGGCGACGGCACCACGUUGCACUUCAAACAGUAUCCUCGGACGGUGAAAGUGGUGAUGGGUACUGGACUGCAGAGAAGCUUGGUCUGUCAGGAUUGCGAUGGUUUGGCCAAAGAUGCUAGAUUGUUGACUCCAGUGGCUCUUACCAGCGGUCCGGAUGGAAGCAUCUACGUUGGCGAUUUCAAUCUUGUUCGUAGGAUCACGCCGGAAGGAAACGUUUAUACCGUCCUAACGCUGAGCGCGACUCAAGUAGCUUAUCAGUAUUAUCUCUGCGUUUCACCUGCCGAUGGUCAUCUGUACAUCAGUGAUCCCGAGAAACAUCAAAUAUUAAAGGCAUUAUCGUUGAAGAACGUUCAGCAUCCCAGCCUUAAUAUCGAACCUGUAGUCGGAAGCGGGGAAAGGUGCAUUCCCGGUGAUGAAAGUCAUUGCGGGGAUGAAGGUCCUGCCAUUCGCGCCAAACUAGCUCAUCCAAAAGGAAUCGCUAUCGCUGCUGACAAGACUAUGUACAUUGCCGAUGGAAGGAACAUCCGUGCAGUCGAUCCUAACGGCGUCAUUCACACUCUGGUAGGUCACCAUGGACACCAUAAUCAUUGGUCACCAGCUCCUUGCGUAGGUGCUAUCCCCGCGCAUCAAGCUCAGUUACAAUGGCCAACGGGAUUGACCCUAAGUCCUCUGGAUGGUUCCUUGCACUUCAUCGACGAUAGACUAGUUCUGAAGCUCACUAGCGAUCUGAAAGUCCGUGUCGUAGCUGGCACACCGCUUCAUUGCACCAGCAACGGAAACAGCAACGACAGUGACCUGACGAAAGUGAAUUCGUCGAUCGCCACCAUUCCCAAGAAGCCUGACGAGGUUCUCGGUUCCGUGUUGGCUGUCAGCUUCAGUCCAACUGGCGAGUUGUACAUCGCAGAGAGUGAUUCGCAUCGAGUGAACUCGAUCAAGAUCGUAGACAGCUCUGGGAAGAUGUCACACUUCGCUGGACAACAGCAGGAGAGACUGCGUGGCCAGUGCGAAUGCAAUAAUACAACACCGAGCACCAAAGAGCUAGAGAGCUGCGCUUGCACGGAUGACACCAGCAGUACAGAGACUCUGUUAUCCUCAAACGCGAAGUUCACUGCUAUAUCUGCUCUAGCAGUCUCGCCGGACGGUGUGUUGCACGUGGCAGAUCAGGGUAGCCUUCACAUUCUCGCCCUUCAGCCUUAUCUUCCCAACCACGAUGAAAGCGGAGAGUUUCAUAUACCGUUCCCACCUUCGAACGAGGUGUACGUGUUCAAUCGUUACGGUCAACACAUCUCCACGAAGGAUCUGACAUCAGGGAAGAUUCGAUACUCGUUCUUCUAUAGCAAGAACACCAGCUUUGGGAAGUUGUCGACUGUGACGGACAGCGCUGGGAAUAAGAUUCAAUUCUGGAGAGAUUAUAGCGGCGUCGUUAACUCUAUAGAAAACACGCAAGAUCAUAAGUCAGAGUUAAAAAUCUCCGCGGUCGGGUUCUUGGAGAAACUGUCCGAGCGAGGCAGAGCUGAGAUCGCCCUCGCUUAUGACGGGUCAACUGGCUUGCUUACCAGUCGAUCGGGAGGCGGCGAAACGUACAUAUACAAUUACGACAGUCUGGGUCGUGUGACCGACGUCAUCUUGCCUACAGGUGAAAAACUGAAAUUAUCCUCCGACCUGUCUGACGACGAAGGAUUGUUGGUUAAGGUAUCAGCUCCGCUUCAAGCCUUGUCGAAGGGAGACAAACAACGAACCGUUGAAUUUAAGAUGAAGAACGAGAGGUCUAAAGUACUAACAAUCACCGAUGGCACGAAGAUCAAGAAAGCGAUCGCGUUCACGAACAGCAGUCUAGAGGUCCUUCUUCCUGGCGGUGGUAGAGUCCUAAGUGCAGCCACCACCAAGCAUCCUCUGCUAGAAGCGGCCUUACCAGUGGAAGCUGAAAUGUUACCUAUGUGGAGCUACCAGCUAAUGUCGCUUGGAGAACUAACCAACACUAUGACCACCGCUUAUAACCUGGUCGGUGACGUCAGCCACUUCCAGCAGACUUUGAACAGAGAAAUCUGGGUCAACGACACUCGCGUGAUUGGCGUGGAAUUCGAGCAAGCGUUCAGACGCGAGACCUUCUAUGACAAAUCGAGAAAUCCUCUUCUGACGGUCACUUUUGAUCCCGCUGGACUACCUUUGACCUGGCAGCCUCACGAACAAGGCUACAAUCUCAGCAUCACCUACGACAGAUUCAAUCGAAUAGAGAGCUGGAAAUGGGGUGGAUCUGAUGAAUCCUAUGGCUACGAUCGACACGGACAGUUGGCUGAGGUGACGAACAGUCAGGAUGGCACUAAACGUUACACCUACAACGACUUCAACAUCCUGUCCAACAUCACUCUAGCCAGCGACAGACACUUUUCUCUACAAUACGACGACGAUGGUGGACUGCGUCACAUUAUUCUUCCAUCAGGAACAAAACACUCGUUCUCCUGUCAAGCUUCCCUAGGAUUCCUCCGAGUAACCUACACACCGCCUGGUAGCAGCAGAGCAUACCUACAACACUACAGCCACGAUGGAAACCUGCUGCAGACUGUGUUUCCAGGUGACGGUGCUCGUAUCGUCUAUAGGUACCAUUCUUCAGGGCAGUUAGCCGAAGUGGUACACGGUGACGGAAAGAGCGAGAUCAGGUACACGGAGAGUGGUCUACCCUCUGAGGUGAUUCAUUCGGAACGAGAUGUGGAAUAUAAAUGGGAUUACCAAUAUAGUGCUGGGCUACUCGUCGAAGAACGUAUUGAUUUUGGAGCUAAAACUGGUCUCAGCAAUGCUAAAUUCACAUUCGACUAUGAUUCGAACUUCAGAUUGAUCAAUGUUCAGGGUAGAAUAGGUGGACAGACGUUACCGCCUCACACUAUGGCUUACAGUGCCAGAACUGGUAUGCUGGAGCAGAUAGGUCAAUUCAAAGUCACUAAACCACAGACGAACGAGACCACCGUGUUCGAUGGCACAGCGUUGUUCUCCAGAAUCACGGAUGACAGGUUCCUCGAGACCCAAGUGACGCUAACGAUUCAUCAGCUGGAGGUAUUCAGGAUGGAGUUCACCCAUGAUUCUCGUGGACGGAUCAAUCAGACCAGGACGUACACGCGGAACGUCGCUGUAAACACUUAUACCAACGUGAAGAACUACACUUGGGACUGCGAUGGCCAGCUGACCGGCGUCGAGGCUCAAGAACCAUGGGGUUUCAAGUAUGACGCUAAUGGUAACAUGCUGUCGCUGACGUACCGAGGAAACACUAUACCCAUGGAAUAUAAUAACAUGGACAGGAUCGUGAAAUUUGGCGAAGGUCUGUACAAGUAUGAUAACAGAGGAUUGGUUGUUCAAAACGCUAGGGAAGAGAGGUUCAGCUAUAAUGCCAAAGGACUCCUCGUUAGAGCUGCGAAACGAGGACGAUUCGAUGUACGAUAUUAUUACGAUCAUCUCGAUCGUCUGGCCACCAGAAAAGAUAAUUACGGAAACGUCACACAGUUCUUCUAUAACAAUCAGAAACGACCCCACGAAGUGAGCCAGAUUUAUAGCCCAAGGGACGGUAAACUGAUGUCAUUGGUAUAUGAUGAUAGAGGACAUCUUAUUUACGCCCAAGUCUAUCGACACAAAUAUUACAUCGCCACCGAUCAGUGUGGCACUCCGAUCAUGAUUUUCAGUCAGUAUGGUGAAGGUAUCAGAGAGAUCAUGCGCUCGCCCUACGGACAUAUCGUUUAUGAUUCGAAUCCCUAUUUGUAUCUUCCUGUUGAUUUCUGCGGUGGACUCUUGGAUCAGGUAACGUCAUUGGUACACAUGCCGAACGGUAAAGUUUAUGAUCCACUGAUUGGUAAGUGGAUGUCUCCUUUAUGGGAGAAUGUACUGGACAGGGUGAACACCCCAACGCAUCUACAUUUGUAUAGAUUUAACGGAAACGAUCCCAUCGAUGUCAGGCACACAGACAGACCGAAUCAACCAACAGAUCACAUAUCAUGGCUGUCGCAUCUUGGCUACGAUCUGAAGAGUCUCGCUCCGCAACUGUUCCCCGACGAACUGCCAGACAGUUUAGUUCCGCCAUCUCUCGGUCCAGGUACCUCGAUAUUCGGUAAAAAGAAGAGGACCAGAAAUCUUGGCGUUCAGUCCGGUUUCUUGGCUCACAUCGCGCAAAGGCACUCGGGUGACGCUGUCAGCCUAUCAGCGCCGCCUCGUUCGGCCCUGAAGAAGGACACCAGCGAUCUGAUACCUAGCCGUCUCGGCGCAGCCUCGGAUCCUCCAUUUGGAAAAGGCAUCUUGGUGUCCAGAACCAUGGACGGUCAGGCUGUGGUGUCCAGCGUGCCAACUGCCAAUGCUAUCUACGGGGACGUGUUCACUUCGGUGUUCAAUCGCUCCUAUUUCCUUCCGUUCACGUUCGUGGUCCACAGCGCCCAACAGGAUGCUUUCUACUUUGUCAAGGAGGAAACUUGGAGGGCCAGCGAGGAUCGUGGUCAAUUGAAACGACUCGGCGGUCAAGUGAACACCACGUUCCACGAGAGCGAGAACGGAAGCGGCAGCAGCUCGUUGAUCGACGUGAAGAUCCACGGCGCCAGCUACGUGGUGAACCUUCGUUAUGGCACCACCGCCGAUAAAGAGAAACAAAGACUGCUACAUCACGCUAAAGCGACCGCCAUUCGCAAAGCGUGGCACAGAGAACGCGAAGCCUUGAAGGCGAACACUCCAACGACCAUCGAGUGGAUGGUAACUGAACAGGACGAGAUAUUGAAAUCUGGGUCAGCGUCGAAUUACGAAGGCGAAUAUAUCCACGAUGCCCAGCUAUAUCCAGAGCUAGCCGAAGACCCGUAUAACAUCAGGUUCGUGAAGAAGGCGGUCGAUCCGUCUAGCAAGAAACGACGCAGAAGGAGAGGCGUUCACACCUGCAAACUCUGGUGGCUGGACAAGAUCUGCUAGAUCCGGUGCACGUACUCAGCUACCUUGUCCUCCUCUCCUGACAUGCCAGGAGAAUUGUCCAAAUCGAAGCAACAGGAAUUUUGAAAGGACGCGGAACGUGGAAGUGGAGAAGGAUCCGAGAAUGGAUAGGAUCGGGCCGAGGCAUGGCCGUGGCGUCCGUAUACACGCGUAAUAAACGUACUGAACACUAUCAAAAACAAAAAAAAAAAGUUUUAUACCAAAGUCUAUUUGUGUAUUUCGAAGAUGCCAAAAACAUUUAACGUUAUAUCGAUUAUAUUGUACCGCGAUAGGGUGUAGUGUGUAAGGAUUUCAAAAGGGAACCGUGCGGCGUUUUGUUAACCAGAUAUUUGCCUACGAGGAUGCUGUCCGCGAAAUCGUGACCACCGGUCGAACGAUUCGUGGAACAUGGAUACGUGAAACGUCCCGUUAUCAAUGAAGAGGACCCUGAGGAGGUUCCGGUCGUUUGGGAAAUCGAAUUUCUCGAGAACAGACUAAUUAUACCCGGACGAUAUUUAUGCAGAAAUGGAUUUCGAGGAAAGAGACUGCGAGACAGGAAACGGUACGUGAAUCGCGAAGGUAUAGGUGAAGUUAUGAAGCGCCACCACAUCGAUCCGACGUAAGACGCGAAGGAAGAAUGAAAAGGAAAGCUGGCCAUUCGUCGUUGAGGCGAAUCGAGUGAGAGAAACUAGUCAAUAUAUAGCUUUACAUUGACGUAUAAACUUUUUCCAAUAGGAUAAGGACAAAGAAAAGAAGAUGAUCGUCGAUGAUGUACCAUGCGAGGAGCCGUGUGCACCCAUCAAUUUAUCCACGCGAUAUCUUUUAGCCUUACGCUAAUUUGGAUCGCAAAUGAACGUGGAAGGAACACACACGUAUCUCAACAAUGAAUGGCCAUGCGAAUGAUGACUGAUCACUAUCCAAAAUAUUGUGGAAUCAGGAUUCUAACAAAAGGAUCCGAAGAAAUAGGCUGUUAUGCAGAAGACUGAGGUUCGAUUUCCAGUACCCUGAUGGCUAUUUCUCACGGAUUCCUACAAUAUGGCGGUGAACGAAGAUCGAUAGAGCGCAAGAAGAUGAAAGGAAACGCGAAUAAUCAACGUCCAAAGAUAUUAUGUCUUCAGGACUUCAGGAUCCUAAUGGGAUCUGAAGAAGUAGGCUGCUGUGCAGAAGACUAUGGCUCGAUUUCCAAUGUCCUGACGCCUAUUUUUCACGGAAUCCUGCAGUAUGUUGGUAUAAAAAAAGCAGAACAGGCGAUUAGGCAGUCGAAGAGGAAAAAGGCGUUACUAAGGUGUAUUAUAAAUGUGGUGCUUUCUCGCGCGAUGAAGAAAAAUAGAAAAAACAAGUCGGUGCAACAACGUUGAUUAACGGUGAGCGUGAAUAAUUAGAGGACAUCGGAACACACCGCAUAGAGCGUGGCUAAGUAUUUUUAACGAUGGAUGUGUCCUAACAGAAAAAAAAUAUUCCCCCUUUUUAGCGCUAGCGUCCAUUUCCUCGAGAAUUGAUGUCGCGUAUGCGUACGAAUUGUUGUUCGAAAGGGAAACGUUAUUAUCGUUGUGAACGAGGGACGAAUUAGAUCCCCGGAACGACAGAUGGUAACAAGUAAAACUAAAAAAAAAAAUUCACACAAUGAGUGAGUGAGAAAAAGGAGUGAGUGUGAGAGAGAAUGGUUAAAAAAAACUCCAUUAUCGGUAAUAAUACGUAUACACGAUAUUAUUGCAUAUUUGUGCUUGCUGGAUAUGAAUAACGGAACGUUAACUAUGUUUCUUCACCGAAUACUAAGUGUGUAUAUCUAAAUUUAAUGCUCGUCAGUACCGAUCGUUUUCGCUGUGUACUGAACGCCAUACCAUACAUCUAUGUAUGUAAGAAUAUUAUUUAGCACCGAUACCUUUCACCCACCCUCAUACCCCUUAAUUACAAUAUUAUCUGGCUAAGUGGCUAGAAUUUAAUUCAAAAUAUUAUAUUAAAUUUUUACUUCAAAUGGUUCUAGGACCCCUAGGAAUCUUUCUAAGACGUUAUGAAAGAGUUUAAAAAAUAGUAAGAAAGUGGAAUUAACUUGUUAAAGUUUGAACAAAUUUUUUUCCUAUUGCUUAGUUGAUUUUAAUCUCGUAUAGAAGUGACCAAGAUUGUCCUUGUUUUUUAUUUGCAAUUUAAAAGUUUAAAUAAAUAUUAGGAUCAUUAAAAGGUGCCAGAAAUGACGGCGUGCCACUUAGAGAGACGAUGCUGUACCUGUCUAUCACGUGCACCUAUUUCCUUUCAAACGAAACCAUACUUCCCUACCCUUUUAUCGACUUCGUAACAGUUUCUUUUACUCCAAUCGCCCCGACGCGUUAUUUUUUCCCUGGUUUCUUUGAACGUUUGUAUACUCGCCAUUGAAUAUUUUGCAACGGCUUUAGAUAACUACGGCCGUUCACGGAUAGGUAGUCUCACAACGACAUUACUGUCUGGAUAGAUGAGAAAACGAAAAAAAUGAAAAAAGAAUUAUCUUCUUACACUGUGUGUAUAAAAGAACAAAAAAAUUAUAUAUAUAUAUAUAUAUAUAUAUAUAAAGAAAGAAAAAGAGAAAGAGAAAUAAUAUAGGAAAGCUUCGUGACGUAUUUUUGACUUGAACGAGUGUUUAGAGCAACAUUAUACACCGAUCCUUGAAAGUGGUCCAAACGAGGUUAAAAAUGCUCUCUUUUUUUUUUUAAAUAUCGCACAUGAACAAUUUUGAAUCGCGUUCUUUCUUCAAGAAAAAAAAUAAUGUUUGUCCUUUCGCGUUUCCUUCCGACUUAUGCUGCCAAUGUUAUUCGAAUUUUCGUGAAAGGACGAAACGUUGAAAAAGGACCUAAAGAUCGUUGAUGAUCGAAUCACAGCUCUUAGACACGUGGACAUCUAAACCAGAUCUUUCCAAAAACGACUCCCAUGGUCAAACAAUAUCCUUCGUUCUACAUUUCUUUUCCAUGGUGCUGGUUGACAUGGCGUUAAUCACCUCUAACACGAUUCCGUGAAUUGUAUAAAUCUUCAGCUUGUAAAAUUGACAAAACAAGGCAGAAAAGUAAUUUUGAACGAUUCGUGUUGUUGGAACGAUUACAGAUGUUGAAAGUUUCUGAAUAAAUCGGUCAUUUCAUUUGCAACAACUUGAUACUUGAAUUGGACCGUUUCCUGUACAUUAAUUUUUCAAAUUUGAUUUUAAAAAUUUGUUUUUGCAAUGGGAGAGGUCAUUAGAGAUACUACAAAUUUAAGUGGCAAGUGAAAAAUUUUAAUUUAAAACUGACAAUUUUAUACUAUUUUUUAGUUAUUAUUUUUUCAAUAUAUGAAAGUUUUUUAUUUGAAAAUUCGAAUGCCUCAUUUUAGUCGAUGCAUAAUUGUAUAAUUUUGUAGGUCUGAAUCACAAUUGAUAGAAAUUUUUCUAAUGACACGGAAAGGUCUGAUCUAAACACUCUGAAUCUACUGACUCCCAUCCAGAAACACCCUUUCCAGCUUCCUCAUCCAAAAUUCCCAUUUAUUCGUAAUCUGUAACCAUAUAUUACCGUUGAAUCGGCAAUGGCGUUCAAAGGAUAAUUGACUAUUUUUGAAAAGACAAAGAGAGAGAAAAAGAAAGAGAAAAGUAUCGAGCGUGUCAAAUUAUUAAGCGAAUCAGUGCCAGCUGAUUUUAAAAGACGGAUUCAACGUGCAGGGUCUCAAGAAUCAGUCAGUCCUAACUGUACUUCUUCGAGUAUCUAAUUAUCGUUAUAGAAAAAAGGAACAGAAGUGACAGGAAAGAAUUAAAAUUUAAAAAAAAAUUUAAAAAAAUGAAACAGGAUUACAAAAGAGUGAAUGGGUUUCGCUCUCUUAACUUCCGUGAAGUUUCGUCUCGUUUCGCUAAAAACUUUCUAAAUAGAAGCAGGCGUUCGAUUCGCGAAUUACAAUUAUAAAUAUAAAUCUAUAAAUAUACGUAUAAAUAAAUAAAUAUAUAUAUAUAAAUAUAAAUAUAAAUAAACUUCUGGAAUUAACGGGGUAGAACAGCUCGAGACGUGUCUCACCGAACGGUUUCGAUCAUCAUUACUAUUUAACUAUUAUCGCAUCAAUUAUUAUUAACAACCACGGGAUCGUACGCGAAAUGACGUGAAACAAUGAUUAAUGAUACGUGUAAUAUGUGGCCGAGUUUGGUGAAUCCGUCGUCGGACCAUAUGGUGUCUAUUACUCGAAUUCUCGCGAAGCGAAACCUCGUACUUUUUCUUUUUUUUUUAUAUUUUAUUUUUUAACCCUUGUGCACCGUUAAAAUUGUUAUCAUAUUGAAUAUCUUUCGAUCCGUAACAGAAUUAAACAAUUUGGGAGUAUUAAUAAUAAUACGUUAACUGCCGUGAUAAUGAUGAAGCUAAUCGAUAUCUUUGAAAUUAAUGAAAGAGAAGGAAAGACCAACUUUGAAUAGCAUUAAUAUUGUACUAAUAAUCCAAGAUACUAAUUUCAUAAUUUUCAGUUGAAAAUUUGUCGAUCGUAUGCUUAAUAACGAAUAUUUUAACAAUUGUAAUUAUUUCGGGUUAAUUUAACCUGAACGGUGCAGGAGGGUUAAGGUCGAGGUAAUCAGGAACAGCACAGAAGUUUGAGCACGCGUUAGAACGAGAGUGAUUUAUCGAGAGGAAAGAAUGAAAGAGAGAACGAAAGUUAAGAACGAAGUAAGAGAGAGCGAGAGAGAGAGAGAAUGAAUGUGCAGAAUCUGUCAUGCUGCAGCUACUACGACCACUACCCUAAAAGUAGAUUACGCUACUUUGCCGCUGAUCUAAUUGUUUACUGUCACGUGUUGCUGUAAACCUAAACUAAUACGAUACGAUAUAUUUUAUUUAUAUAAUCUAAUCGACUGUAUUUAUUGUAAAUAGUCACGAUGUUUGCUAUGAUAUAAUAUAUCUGUAAUUGGAUGGAAAA